CUCCCCAUACUGAGAGGCGCGCGCUGGACGUGAUGUGGAAUUAUAUAGACCUCACUUCCAGUUCCACACAGCACUUCAGUGCAUCUAAAACCUCAGACAUGGAUGACCCUCCACAAAAUGGCUCCAUGCACACACUAACAUCCACCGCCCGACGACGGUGACCUCCGAUGAGAAGCUAAACAGACGCUGGAUUGGUUGGGAAUUACAAUUUCCUUUGGAUACCACUAUAUAUAUAUAUAUAUAAGCUUUUGGAAAACAGCUGGAUUUUUUGGGGGAUCUGGACUUAAGGAUGAUGGAAAAACUGAAAUCCGAGCAAUUUCCGCUCAGCCCGAGCACUGAGGGCUGCGGAUCUCCCCCGCGCGACACCGCGCCCGAGGAGGGGGACUCAUGCGGGAAACAGGAAGGCACGACAGCAGAGACAGGAGAGCAUCACCUCCCCGAGGAGCGCCGCGUCCUUAAUGGCGUUGCCAAGGAAACAGCUCACCACGCCACCGAGCUAAAAAAGGAAGUGGCGGUGAUCGAGCUGUCCAGGAGAGGAGGGAGCGCAGAUAUAAAAGGCAGAGAGCUCAAGGCAGACAUCAGCCAUAAGGUGCAAACCACCGAGCUGUGCAGACCACCGAUUCCACUGCCACUGCCUCCCAGAGACCCGCUGAGCGACACUCGAAUGGUGCAGUUGAGUCCGCCCGCUUUCCCUCUCCCGGCACGAGCGAUGCUCUACAGCAACAUGACGCAACCGCUCGCCACUAUUAACAGUGGUUUUGCUGGAGAAGCGGAUCAGUAUGGGAUGUAUCCCAGCAGUCGAGUGAAACGCAGACCUGCACCUUAUGAGGUUGAAAUCAGCGAUGGUAGGAGCAUUUUAGAUCUUUCUAAGUAUGGCUCGCAGCCCAAAAUUGUGCGACGGAUUUUCACGAAUAGCCGCGAGCGCUGGCGGCAGCAGAACGUGAACGGUGCCUUCGCAGAGCUGCGCAAGCUCAUCCCCACCCACCCUCCCGACAAGAAACUCAGCAAGAACGAGAUCCUCCGCCUGGCCAUGAAGUACAUCAACUUCCUGGCCAAGCUCCUUAACGACCAGGACGACAUGGUGGGGGGUGAUGCCCCCGCCCGGGCCAACCGAGAUGCCAGAGACGCGACUCUAGUUCGGGACGACCUCCUCCAGGAGAUGCUGAGCCCGAACUCCAGCUGCGGGAGCCUGCUGGACGGGGACGCCAGCCCGGAGAGCUUUACCGAGGACCAGGACUCGUCGGUGGAGUCCAGGUCUUCGGCGAGGGGACUACAUCAUUCCAGCCUCCCGCUGGACGGAAACACCCAGCGAUGACUGAGUUGGCAUCAACGGACUUUUCUGAAGCCCCAAGUUUGAGAGGGCGCAGUGCUUCAUGGACCUCAACUAGCGUAUGUCGUGUGCAAGCAUAUUCUUACGUAAGACUUUCUGUUAAGCUCCUCUCUUCGCGCUUCGAUGCUAAGGUGCCCUCCGUGGUGAAAAGCUGGUACGGGGGAAAAUGUCAGGUAGAUUUUUAGUCCACACUUGGUUGUUUAGACAGGAUCGCCACCUGAAAACGAUAAGAAAACAGAAGUUUGAAUGGUACCCACACCUCAUCAGGUACACCGUUGGUAAGGAGGUCAUUGGAAACAGCUGGACCUUUACAACAAAAAUUAGCGUUUGGAGAAGUCAAGUCCAAGAAAAGGAAUAGUUCACCCAAAAAUGACAAUUCUGGCAUCAUUUACUCACCCUCAUGUCAUUCCAAACCUGAAUUUCUAUCUUCAGUGAAACCCAAAAGAAGAAUAUUCGAAGAACCAUGCAAUGGCCACUCAAUGAAAGUCAAUGGGACCCCAUUCACUUUCAUUGUAUGGAUAAAAACAUUCUUCAAAAUAUCUUCUUUUCUGUUUCUGCUGAAGAUAUAAAGGUUUAGAGCGGUGAGUAAAUGAUGUAAUGAUGACCCGGCUUUGGCUUUGUGCAGCAUCUUUGAGACAAAUGUGUACAUACUGGGAAUUUCAAUGGAAUAUGACCUUUAAGUAUUAUUAGCGUCACCGGCAAUAGCAACAACGCUAUUUGGGGGAAAAAGUAUCACCAUUUUGUAAAUGGUUUUUCGGUAUUAUGUUUCGAAACACAAUCAUUCGAGAAAAAUGGUGGAGGAGGUACAAGAAUGUGUACAUAAACCGGGAUAAUGUCGUGUGUCUGUAAUGAUGACCCUUGUUCCUUUAGACUGUUCUUUUGCAUUGUGAUCAUGGUACACCAUUAAUUCGCAUCUCCAUCUCCCCUUCAUUUAUUCGUUUCUUUGGCUUAAACACCCCUCCAACCCGACCAUCUCGCAAUGACGCAUUCAUUGAGUAACGUUCUGUCACUUUAUUUAACUUGUAUGAACUUGAUCUGCUUUUUAGCAGAGGAUUGAGUAACCAGUCUUGGUACCUUUAAAUCUUUUAUUGGGUAUUAAAUGAGCAAACAAACAAAAAAUGGUUAUUUUAAUGUGAUAUUUAGUAGAAAGACCUUUGUUGUAAGGUGAAAAUCUAUCUAUGAAUAUAUGCAAUGUUAUAUCUCACAAAUUUUAUAUAAAAACCCACAAAAAUAAAAAACACAAACCUGAAAA